AUGGAAAACCCCAAGGGCGAGUCAUGGGCCCUUCUGUGCUCUUCCGCGCUGCUGGUGAAGAAUGACGCGGAGGACUUUGUGGCGAAACUAGACCCCUUAAAGGCCAAGAGAGUCUGGGCGCUGGCCGAUGGUGUGCUGAUCUUGGUGGCAGAUUCUCAGGUGCGUGAGGGGAUCCAGGGGGCACUACGGCUGGGAGGUGGAGCAUUAGCAACACCUACCCUAGCGACUCAAGGAGUGCGAGAGCACCUGCUGUGGCUCGUGGGGCCGAUACUACUUCCUGGACAAGGCCUACAAGACCUGUUCCUGGACAUCGGCGAGGAGAAGCGGCUGCAGCCCGAGUGGUUGCUGGGACUACAAGGGAUCGAAGCAGGUCACGAUCUCACCGACGAGAUCGAAGGUCCAGAUCUCCCCGACGAGAUCGGAGAGAAGCCUUCAGUGAGAGAGGAUCUGAGAGAUCGCCAAGACUUCAACGACAAGUUGCAGGCGGUGCUCACUCUAGAGUUCCGCGAGUGCUUGAUUCGCCUCAAGGAGGAAAAGAAUGGUGUUGAUCCUGAACGUGAUGGUUUUGGAUUGCCAACGGUUGAUGAGGAGUCAGCCAGCGAGGGUCCUGACUCUGAGGCCCCAACUGUGAAUGCGAGCCCAGAUCCUUCAGAACGUCGAAGACGCUAUGCCCGGAUUCCAACAGAUGAUCCUGGCCAACCUCUUGCAGAAGAAGAUGAACUGGUUUUGUCGGUGUCCGACAGCUUCAUCUUGGAGCAACUACGAGGAUGGCAUCUCUUGACCUCUGCAAGCCUCUCCACUGAUGAGUGGCGAGAUGUUUUGGGCACUACGCAGGGAAAGCUGGACUAUGUCUCCAUUAGCGAUGCUCUCCAGGUACUCUAUGACGAGCAGAUGACUGGUGGCACUCGACUUCAACCUGGACAUCCUCAACAGCCUCUAUAUCAUGGACAACAUCUUCAAGCCUACAUCGCGGACGAGCACUACGAUGAUGAUUGGUCCUCUAUGUCUUCAAGCUCUUCCUGGGAUGAGUGGGGCGAUGAUGGAUGGUCGUCCUGGAAUGCGGCUUUGACUUGGAGCGAAGACCUAUGGUCUUACGACAGCUGGUGGCCUGAAGAUGGAGAAGAUGAAGCUGAUGCCAAUGCAGCUCAAGAAGGUGAUCCCAAUGCCUCAGAAACCUCUGCUGCUGAAGCUCAAAAGAUGGAGCAACUUUUGGCUGAUGGUCGCAGAAAGUCCUACAAGGGCAAAACCUUUGACCCCUGGAAAGGGAAAGGAAAAGGGAAAGCACCUGUGAAUGCCUAUGCGCUGAACCACUAUGGUUUGGAGAUGGAGCUUCAGACCCAGCACAACGGCCCUGUGGAACAUGCCAUGCUGGCGACAAAGAAGGUGGCCAUUCCGAGGAAGACACAGAUCCCUCGUGAGAUCCCACCUGGCAGUGGCAUGAUCGACUCCGGAGCUACAUGCUCUGCUGGACCUGAAACCAGUGUUCAGCGGCUGGUGACAAAGAUCAUGGAAGCCGAUGCAGCAGCACAGAUCCGCGUGGAGACAAAGGAUCAACCUCGUUUUCGUUUUGGUUCUGGCAAAUGGGGACAAGCCCUCUACAAGUUGACCGACAAGGACAAGAGCGACAUGCAGCCUCCGGACGAAUCUCGUCGGAUGGAGGGAGAUCCUCGAGACCCACGGCAUCAACGAAGCCAGUGGCCUUGCAAGGGAACGCAUGCCCCAAGCAAGGAGAUGAGCAACAGGUACGGCAUCUGGGUCAAUUGCCUCCAGUGCGGGUACCGUCUAUGGUACAAGCCUCGAGUUGGCAGCCCGGCCAACUCCAUGGUGACGAUGAAUGGCACCAACGUGAAGCGAGCUUUGGACGAACUACAAGGUCUUCUACCUCCUCAAGCAAUGCCUACGGAAGAGCUGGUGCGCGCGAUGAUCGAGAAGGUGGUGGCCGAGGAGCGCAUCAAGACCAUGCUGACGGACUUCGAGAAGACCAUGCAGAAGAAUGUGGAGAAGAUCAACAAGGCCAAAUCGGCCGCAAAGGCAAAAGGGUAUGCUUCUCCGAUCCAAAGACCUCGAACACCAACACCAGAGCCUGGCCCUUCUCCUGCGUCAAGCGGAUGGCAACAGGUCUCUCCCAGCAGGAUGGACCUCAACAUGGCCUUCGAGCACCUGACAGCGGAGGAGAAGGAGCGCCUCAUGCAGCUUGCGGCAGAACGGGCAGUUCAGCCGGUGAUCAAUGUGAACAUCAGCUCGGACACGGAGCUGAUCUUGACGACUGAUGUGGUCUUCUACACGAUGUUUCGCUUGAAGGUGUGUCUUCAAAACCAUGAACAUGCUCAAAUACAUGGACUUGAAACGACGCGCAGUGCUUACUACCCAACGGCACUUUGCCGAAGUAUUGCACAGCUUUGGCGUCGCACUUUGAUCCCUGACCGUUGGAUCAAGAUGCUUUCAACAGCACCUGUGGUGAUGGACCCCUUCAAGGAGCUCUGCGAUGGUGAUGAUCAUCAAGCUCAUCUAUGUUCUGGACUUCCUGAUGGCGACCUCUUCAUGGAGGACGAUGAGAAUGUGCCUGACGAUGCGGUGGUUCCUGCUGAAGUUCAACCUUCUGAACAAGAUCAACGAGCAUGGAAAGCGAAAUUGGAUCGCUUUCACAGACAAGCUGGACAUCCCACAGCGCGCAACAUGGCGCGGAUGAUGGCUGAUGCACAACUCCCGCGGUGGAAGAUCAAGAUGGCCUUGGAGCAUGUUUGCCCCUAUUGCCAAGAACAAAAGGGCGGUGGCAUUAGCUCCAAGCAGAUCAACCCAGCGAGCAUGCGAAAUCUUCCUGGACCUUGGGAACAAGUUGGCAUCGAUGUCUCUGAGUGGGAAGUUCCUGGUGAAAACAUCAAGGUGAAGUUUGUUAUCAUGAUGGAUCUAUGCACCAAGUACAAGGUGACCGACGUCCUCUUCAAGAACAAACACGGCACUAUCAAGAAUGAGUCCGCCGAGGAGAUGAUCCGCAGUGUUUCUUUGAGAUGGCUUUCUGACAAGCCCAGACCUCGAAUCUUGGUUCCAGACAAUGCCAAGAGCCUCACAGCGAAGAAGUUUGUGGAUUACAUGUCAGACCUUGGCAUUGAAGUGAUCUACCCACCGGAUCAUGAAUCCUGGGCUCAUGGACUUGUUGAACGUGGUCAUCAACUGGUGAAAGAGACUGCUUCGAGGAUUCAUGCUUCCUCUCCUGACCAAGAUCCUGAGAUCAGCCUUGCACUUGCAACAGCAGCUGUGAACUCUACGGAGUACAACAAGGGAUACAGCAGUAUCCAAUGGGCCUUUGGUCGACAAGCUGAGCUGACUGAUGAUGAGCUACGUCAGAGUUUGACCUUCCUGAACAUCCACCUGACAUGCGAACAGCUGGAACUUCUUCAUCAAGUUGGCCCUACUGGACCUAUGCCUCCAAUGCGAAUCUCUGGGAAGAAGAAGCCCAGCGAUCCUGAACCUAUCGACCUGGAAGAUGACGACUUUGGCAACAUGCCUCAUGGUCCUCUUCGUGAAGAUCGCAGAUUUUCUACAACAUCUUCAACGCCGAUGGUGGAAAACAAAGAGCCCUAUUUGGACUCUCCUGAAGAUGGUCUUCCUGAUCCAGUUCCUGAGCCUGAGUCCAAGCGUGCCCGCUAUGAGGACGAGGACGACAAGGAAGACAUGUACAUGAAGCACCUGCAGAUCUUCAACCAGAUCGACAGUGGCUAUUUGAUGGACAUCGAGCUGGACCUUGCUUCAAAUCGCCAAAAGAAGGCUUUUCAGAGAAACCCGAGCCUCUACCUGGCGAAGAAACUGGCUGGUUCAGAGGUGAGUUUUCGUCGUUUGAGUGCCAAUGAGAAGGAGUUGUUCAAGCGAGCAAUGAGCUCCGAAGUUUCAAGCUUCAUCAAGACAGAGGCAGUUCGCCGCUGUUUGAGCUUUGAGGAACAACAAGAAGCGAAGCGAAGUGGACGUGUUUUGAAAUCAAGAUGGGUAUUGGUUUGGAAAUCAGUGCCUGAGGAAUCGCGUGCUGAAGCACUUGCUGACGCCAGGGAAAAUGAGAACACAGUCCACAGCUCUGAUGGCACUCGCAAAGCAAAGGCGAGGAUAGUCGUUUUGGGCUAUCAACACCCUGACUUGUUGGACCCGUCUCUAGCAACAACUGCACCAGUGCAAUCGCAGUUGGUCCGCAACCUCUCCUUGUGUGUGGUGGCUCAACGCCGUUGGCAGUUGGAAGGACUUGAUAUGUCCACUGCAUUUUUGCAGACUGGCAAGACGGAGGAGGAUCGCAGAAUUUGGAUGCAAGGGGUACCAGAACUCAAUCGUGCCCUUGGAGCAGAACCUCAUGAAGCGGUUCGAAUCCUCAAGAACGUCUAUGGCAACGCCACAGCACCUCGAGGUUUAUGGGAAGAUGUGGACAAAACCUUUUGUGCCUUGGGAGCGAAACGCCUGAUCGGCGACAGUUCCUUUUGGAUUUGGACAAAGCCAAACCCAAAUCCUCGAAAUCAGUUUGACACUGAGCAGCUGAUUGGUUUUGUCGGCGGACAUGUUGACGAUUUCAACAGAGCCGGAGAUCUUCAAGAUCCUGAGUGGCUUCGCAUCAGAGAGGCCAUUGACAAGAGCUACAAGUGGGGAACGGUGAAAAUCAACCAGUACAGACACACUGGUUUGGAUAUCAACGUCAAAACCGAGGGUAAUGACUUUCUGGUCGAGGUGGAUCAGAACUACUAUGUGGAAGGCCUCAUGGACCUGACCAUUGCCCCGGAGCGUUUGAAGCGCACCGACAACCCACAGCUCACUCCUGAUGAAGUGAGUGCUUGCCGAGCCGGACUUGGAGCAGUCCAAUGGGCUGCAACUCAAACACAAGUUCAAGCCUGUGCACGAGCCAAUCUGCUUCUUUCGCAGAUCACAAGCAACCAUGACAUGAACACGGCCAAGGAGAUCCAAGAACUCAUUAGAGAAGUUCGUUCAAAUCCAGUCAGCUUGAAGUUUUGGAAUCAUCCCGAACUUGAACAUUGGCAAGAUGUCACAAUCGUCACGCUUGCUGAUCAAGCUCAUGCCAAUCGACCUAGCGGUGAUUCUACAGGUGGUUUGCUGACACUUUUGGGUGGUCCUGCACACCGUGAAGGAGCAGCUGGACGUCUAUCCAUUGUUGGAUGGAGAACUUGGAAGCUGAAGCGCAAAGCCAUCAGCACAAAUGAUGGUGAAGUUCAGUCUAUGUUGGAAGGUGAGGACGCGAACUUUAGAACAAGAUUCAUGUGGUGCCAACUCAACGGUGCACCCAUUGGUGAUGAUGUCCUCAACAGCGCCAACAACAUGGUCAAGACCAUCUAUGGCAUCGUUGGAACAGAUAGUAAGGGUGGCUUUGAUGCUGUCACUCGAUCUGAGGGACCGAUGCUUGGUCUCACGAAUGCCCGCAGUGCUCUGCAGGCUUACCAACUUCGUGAACAACUUGACCAUGGUGGAGCAAAGCUCAUUUGGCUUGCUGGUGAUUGGAACCUGAGUGAUGCUUUGACGAAGAAGCCUCAGGUGGCCCGACAGAGCUUGUUGCAGUUUCUUCGCAACUUUGUCUGGCGACUUCACUAUGACCCGAAGUUUGUCACCAGCGAGAAGAAGGCGAAACAACAAGGACGUGGAGCACUUCAGCAGAUGAGAGAUCUCCAAGCUUUGCAACCCAUACCAUAUGCCAUGACCUUUUGA